UGCUCUGCUCACUAGUUUGGGACCGUUUCCAUUUUUUUCUUUGUAACGUAACCAUUUUUUCUGUUGUGACUUUUGUCUUGCAUAAGUGCUGUUUGUGUAAGAAAGAUGCUCCCUUACAUGUAUGUUGCAAAUGCCCACACUCCUUUGUUCUGCUGUUGAUUAGGAAUCUUAAGCUGUGUGUCAAUCCUGUCUGUGGGUUCCCGCUCAAUCUAUGGGUGCUGGGCAGGUCAGCCACCUCUCUAAGCUUGGUUGCUCAUGUUAAAAUGAUAUAAUGACUGUUGUUCUCUGCAGAUAGUUGAGUGCCAUAUGAGGGCAAGAAUUGGGGUCCUUCUUGACCAGAUGUUUCUAUCAGCUAUUGUUCGUGUGACACCAACAGUGGGCAUCUCAGACAGGGAAGCCCAAAUCCUCCCAGACGUGUGGUUUACAUGACAGCCAUGGCCUAGCCCCUUCCACCCCAUCCCCCUCAGCAUGUCAUCCAGCCUUGCUGUGCUUCAGUUUCCCCAUCUGUGAGGUGGGUGGUCUUCUCAUAUGGCUCAAAUACAGUGAACCAUCCAUCAGGUGUCCAGUGUUGUUUGUGCUGUUCCAAUGGUCAGUCCCCACUCCCACAAGGACCCCCCAGCACAGACUCCUCCCUCCAGCCUUUUAGCCUGAUGAGGCACCCGCCAGGUUCUUGGGAGGGUGGGGCUAGUGGGUGGACUAAAUGCAGCUUGGCCAACCUCUCCCAAAUGACGUCUCUGAGUGUUGCUGCCCCACACCAAGGCUCUUGGGCAGCCUUGGCCUCCUUGAGGGCAUAAUGCAGGCCUGAGGCUGAAGCCUGGCUCUGUCACUGCCCUGUUAACACCCUCACCCUAAGUAGGGCAGGGCCAGCAGGUUCAUGCAAGAGGCGGCUUGACCUUCUUGAGCCUCGAUUUCCCUUCUGGACAGGGCUGGUUGUGUGCAGACAUGUGAGGUGCUAUCACGAGGCAUAUGAGUGCAUGUUUGUGACCCCUCUGAGUGACAGCCAUGGCCCUUUGGGCAGUCGCAGGCAUGCUCUGUCCCCACAACCUGUAUGACACAGUGUCCCAUGCGUUUCACAGUGGACCCCCUGUGGGGCUGCUUCCAUGUGGGUGUGGAUUUUGGAGGACUCUCCAGCCUACUACAUAUGUCCUGGGCAUGUGUGUGCAAGUGCAGCAGCCCCUGCAGGGCGCCUUCCAAGUACUUCGUGGGGACGGCACUUCUGUGGGGACUGUCAUCAUGUUCCACUGCCCCUCAGGCCACCAGAUGGUGGGGUCUGGCCUCCUCACCUGUGCCUGGAAGGGGAACAUCGCUGAGUGGUCUUCAGGGCCCCCCGUGUGCAAGACUGUGCCCCCCUACGAAACCUUUGGCUUCAAGGUGGCUGUGAUCUCCUCAAUCAUCAGCUGCGCCAUCAUCAUGCUCAUGUCCAUGGCCUUCCUCACCUGCUGCUUCGUGAAGUGUUUGAAGAGGAGUGAGCAGCGGCGAUCUGACAGGGCAAACCAACUGUGGCUCCAGCUGAGAAGCAAGGAUUUGGAGACGGUACAGGCUCCCUACCUCGGCCUUAAGGGCCUCAACAGUGACAGCAGCAUCCGUGGAGUGUCCAGGAUCCAACCUGUCCAAGUGCACGACAAUCACAGCUUCACCACAGACCUUGGCGAAGAUACCAGAGAGCUAGCCAGCAUGGCCCGAGGCGUGGACAAGGACUUCUGGACCGCUAGUGGCCCCACCAGCUCACCCCGCUCCCAGGUGAUGGUGCAUACAGCAAACCCAGGGCAGAUUCUGCCUCCCUCCAGGCCAAGUGUGAUGCUCAGACAGCCUGCAGCCUAUGUCCCAGGGUGACCAAAGCGGAGGCCAGAGCCUGCCCUCCACAGUGGGAAGGCCAGGACGACCCUACCAGCUGACACCUGCAUCUCGACAUGUGUCCAGCUCAAGAUUGGUCAGUGAAAUCAGCUUCCGGGCUUAGAGAUCCCUCAGGGCAUUGAGUUGGCGACCCUUUCACGGGGUGACCUGUCCCAGGGGAGCCCAGCCAUAGUUGUUUUUAUAGACAGGGCUCCUUAAAACCACCACUGAGGUUCACAAAACCAGCUGCAGCCUCCCUCUAGUGAGGCCCCUUUGAAGAGACUGGAGGACAUUUUAGGCACGUCUGGUUUUGCAUAGCAGAGUGGAGAUGGCAGCAGACUCCUCAACAGUUACAGCUGGCUGCCUGUACCUACAAGCCGAGACCCAGCUGGGAUGCUGCAUCCAUUAUCUGUAAAGUUGUGGCAAGGGGUAUGAAAUAAACAAUUCUUUGAAAAACAAUAAAGGUAAGAAUUACUGUC